CGAGAGGAGUCUGGUUAAGAGUCUGGGUUUUGCCAGUGGUUUCCCACGCAUGCUCAGUAUCUUUGUUUAUUGUGAUUCUGUAAAUUAUCACAAAUAUUUUAUUGUGCUGUGAAAAGAUUCUAUCCUUUCGGUAUUUUUUCCAUAUAAAGGUCGGAGCUUGGUUCUUUUAAGUAUGAAUGAGCCACAAAACAAGGGAGACAACCCCGACAAUAGACAAAAUACGCCACAAAACACCGCGGACAUUGUUACAAACAUGGCUCUCGCUCACGAAAUUUUGAUGGACGACUCGUUCAAACUUCAAUCGGAUCUUCCAGAAAACUCGUAACACUUUUAUUUACGUUUUUCUCUCUUUUCGUAACAAUGCUGUUAAAUUUUUUGUAUGAAUUUCUCUUUGUGUAUCUUGCCUUUUGUGCGAGUCACUGAAUAUAUUUUUGUGUAUAUGAAUGACACUCACAUGUCAGACUAGAUGAGAGGAUUAGUUGCGUGACAAACUAUAAAAGGCACUCGCUAUUAAAGAAAACAGAUAAUCAGAUAAUUCAAAAAAGUUCAUGACAUUUUCUUCCAUUCGAGGCAAUUCACGAAAGAGUUUCCAUUGCUUUAUAGUUUCUUUUUGUAAAGACAAUUUUUAAGGAAAGGUUAUUAGUUAUUCUGAACACAUUUCACUUUUGACACAUCUGGCUAAGUAAGCUUAUAUAAUUAUUAUUAUUAAAAAAGGCCAUUUCCAUUUUUAUUUAUUUUUCCGUUUAUAAUUUUUAUCAAAUCAUAUGUUAUAACUAAGCAACAUCAUCGCAGGUUAUUACUAGCUUUAGACUAUUCGUUCAGACAUUCAAAUAGUUCUCUCAUUCAAUUUCAAUUACAUGUUGCAGUUAAUUUUUUAUAUUUUCAGGGUAUAUUCCCUGGCAAUGAUCCAGAUCAGGAUUGGUCAUCCUUUCCCAGGGUAGAUUCUUCGUUCCUCUGAUUUCCCAUGAUUCGAGUGAUCUCGGAUCACUGAUCCUGAUCUGAAUCGUCCAAAUGGAUUGACCCUGAUGUUUUGGGGUUUGGUAAAAUGUAUGCUAAUGAAUGUGAGACAAACAAAAAACAAAAAUUAACUGAAAAAAAAAUAAAUGCUUAAUAAAGAAGAAGAAGGAGAAAAGAAAAUUAAUGGCUUUGAUAGAAGUGUCCGGUAGUCCGAGGAGAUUAGCUUUCGAGCUGACCACCACUAUAUUAUGAGUGGAAAAUUAUACAUAAGAAAUGUGUGUUGGUGUCAUGGCAACUAUGGACGAUCCAGUGGUCAUUUUUUGUGAAACAGUCAUAUUACAUUGUUACCUUUGAGAGUUAACUAGAAUUUGAUUGUAUUCUUUUUUGAACUUAUGGUAGCUACGUGUUUUUACCUUAGUAGGAAUCUCUUCCCAAGUUUUAGUUAUGGCAAACUUAUUAUUGACCUUCCAAUGCAGGUCAAUAAUAUUAUGAUCUCAUUGUGGCCUUGGCCAACUGUUCAUAUCAACCAAAAGUCUGUGAAUUCAUUUUAACUUUUAAGCAAUUAGAGGAGUUUUUAACCAGCCUCAUUCCCAGUCGUCCUCUGCGAUUUCAGAUGUGAGGCUACCUGUCAAGCUUGUCGGGAAAAAUUGCCGAAAAUUGGCACUCGGUUCUAAGCCUCCUCUGGUAACUCGGCUAGCAUGAACUGGCCUGGGUACAAGGCUGGUUUUUAACGCUUCUACAUUAAUUUUGUAAAGAUCUGCCGUUAAAUGUAUUUAGCAGCUUAUAUGUAUUUAUAUGCAGAUACUGCUCUGUGUUUGUGAUCACUUCAUGUCAAUAUUAUUAUUACAGGCUCGAAAAGCAAGUCAGGGAUGUUGUUCAUAAAGCAUUUUGGGAUAAGCUUCGUGAAGAGCUUAAUCAGGAGCCACCAGUCUUUAGCCAAGCAAUGUCUUUAAUUGAGGAAGUUAAAGAGGUAAUUAUAGCUGAUCCUGUUGUAUCAAAACCAUAUAUGUCAUUUGCAAGAGUGUCAAUGAAUAUUCAGAUAAUGUUAUUGUUUCUUUACAAAUUAAUUUUAAAUUCUCUGGGAAUAGACCCUUCAACGUUGUUUUCCAAAUUUUGACAUGGACCAGGUAGUGAAAAUCCAUGAACACUGCUGAAAAGAGAGCCUGAAAAAUAAUAAUAUGACCAAGUUUGAGAACGAUUUGUUGAGAAAGAAUGAAGAUAUUAUAGCUUAGCAGAGUUACAAAAUUUUACAGAUGCUUAUAUGGUGAGGGGUACCAACCUGUCUCAGCCACCACGCAUAUCUCUGUAAAAUUUUGUGACUUUGUAGAGCUAUAAUUAUCUUUGCUCACUUUAGAAGUAUUACUUUCAAACCUUGCAGGUUUAAUGAUGUUAAGGUGCUCUUUUCAGCUGUGUAUUUAAACAGAAUGUCUUCAAAAGUUUAUGGCACAGUCAAUUCCAAGUGUGCCCAUGGCCCCAGGCUUUUGUCAUCUUGUCAAUCCCAGCAGUGGGCAAUUUGUCAGAAAACCUCUUCCCGGGGGUAGGAUAUAAUGUCAAUUCUUCUAGAAGCAGUUAACAUCGUUCCAUUUUCAAUAUUUCACUAAUUUAAUCUUUGUCAAAAGAUGCCUCUUGCUCAUUGGUUCACUCUGGCAGGAUCACCUACUCAAAGUCACACACAACAACAGGAAAAGAGGAUGUCAUUCACAUCACAAAACAUCAUAAAGAUGCAAUAUAUGGAUGUAUAUAGCUUUGUAGGAAAGCCAAACGGAGAGUCAUCUGUAAUUAUUUAAGGGAGACUGCAACAGUUAUGUUAAAAUUAGCAGAAAAGAAUGUUUUAAGUUAAGGAGUAAAUUCCCUGCUCUCGCAAUCAAUAUAACUGACUAAGUAACAAAGAGUUCAUUCUCCAAAGACAACGCAUAGCUAGUUCAAUCUUUGUUAAGAAUUUCCAACAGUGGUAUGAAUUUGUAAUUGUAAAGUAAACAGUUUUGAAAGUACUGUUAUAGCAUUUGCAGCUAUAUUUACAGGGUGGAAAAGGCAAUUUUUGUGUUGUCACAGGGUGGGGCAUUUGCACAAUUUUUCAAGCCCCACUGUGGGGUUUUAGUAUGAACCGCCCAGCCCCACCAAGGGGUUUUUGCAGCUUUCACCCCCCAAAAAUGACAAAUGCCUGAGGGGGAUGGGCACGCUUGGAAUUGACUGAGCCAUUAUCUGGACUGGUAUAUAUUGGAACCAAAAUUUCCAGAGAUACUGAUGGAACUUUAUUAACUUUCAUUAUUGAUCACAGUUUCUGUUUAGCUUAUCAGGAAAUGACAAGCAUAUGAAAUUAUGCCAAAAGUCAUGGUAACGUUGAAAAUAAUGCACUUAUUGAAGUUUCUUCUUUCCCUUGUUUUUGCAGAAUAUGCUGUCACUUCUUCUUCCUCAUCACAAUUCACUAAGAGCACAGAUAAAUGAAGUUCUUGACCUGGAUCUAAUAAAACAGCAGGCUAGUCAUGGUAUUCUGGAUAUUUCAAGGCUGGCACAGUUUGUAGUUGGUAUACUUAGCAAGCUCUGUGCCCCUGCUAGGGAUGAACAAGCCAAGAAAAUCCUUCAAAAUGAGGAUCUUGUAGAUCUUUUCAAGUGAGAGAACAUUUAAAGUACAUAAUAGAGUGGAGAUGAAAAAAUUUUUUUGUCUGUGCAAAACAAUUUUUUUUUUGAAGUAAAUCAUACAGUAUCUCUCUUUUCUGAUAUUUUCCAGAAUACACAUGUGAUCUUGUUCUCAUUGGUAAACAAUUUUUUGCUAAAAAGAAACAAAAAAUGUUUUAAAAAUUAUUCCAUUGCAAGAUGGGUAAAGAACAUGCCAAAACAGAUAGAGAUUCGAAUUGAAUUAAUGUCCUUUAUAAUUUGAGCUUAAAUAUGUAGGGGCUGCUUAUUUUGAUACUCCUGAAAGCAGCUUAUACAACUGUUCAAAAGUGAACUGUUAAAAUAGAAAACAGCAGAUGACCGAAACCUUGUGACUACAUCAGACAUGUUCAAAGCAAUAAAUUAUUGUUUCAAAGUUAUAUUAUUAUUAUUAUUACACCUUUUGCUGUUCAUUACAAGAAAAUACGCAAUCAUCUGUGCGAAACGGCGACCAAUAGUGCGAAGAUACAGCUGUACAUUCAUUAGCGCAAAAAUACAAACAUCUGCACACAAAUCAGAUUCAAUUACGAUUUUUGCAUUUUAAUCAACAUUCAAUAACACUUUUGGGCAUUCAUAUGCAUCAUUUGGCAAACGAAAGAGAAAAAUGUACUUUCAAAAUGCCAACAUCAAAGUCAUGCAUUAACACCAUCUUGAAAGUCAAUAGGGACAACAGACAAACAUUAAAGCGCAAACACUAUUCAUUAACAUUUUUAUGACACUGUUUGCAAUUCAAUGGCAUUCCUGGACAACCUUAGGAUGGAUAAGACAAACAUUAAUGCGCUUGUACAAUCAGUUGAGCGUUCUUUACAUUUAAUACACGAAAAUAGAAAUUCAAAAAAAUUAGGCCUGAAUUUCAAUCUAUUAUAUCCCUCAAUAACCUCUCUAUUUAAACAUUUUGGCAGGUAAGUUUAUGAAAUGGUACCCCUUAGCACAUUUAGCUGCGGUCACAAUGUCUAUGUUUCUGCGUAGAAUGUAUCUUCGCACUAUUGGUCACCGUUUCAUGCAAAUGAUGGCGUAUUUUCUCGUAAUGAACAGCAAAAGGUGUAAAGUGGCCCAUGGGUUAGCAUGUCUUCUAAUUAAGUUAAGAAAUGAUAGUACUGUUUUUCUGAAAUGGUUAGUGUUUAUUCUUCAGAUUCUCCAGUGCAACCUUGAUUUUGGACUUGCAAGUUACUGUUACCUGGAACUGGUGAAACUCACAUGAAACAAUAACUUUUAUUUGCUGUUUGUCAUUAUGUUUUUUAGGGAAGUGUUUAAUUUAAUGGAUGCAAUGAAGGUAGACAUGGCAAAUUUUCAACUUCAAUCCAUUAAGCCUCAUCUAGUGCAACAGUCCAUUGAAUAUGAGAGAAACAAGUUUAAAGAUUAUCUUCAAUCUAAUCCAGGUAAAUAAGUAAAUUUACAACAAAGAAAAUAUAUUUGUGUAACAUGUAUUUAAUUUGUGAAUUUGAGAUAUAACAGUAAAUACAGUCAAACCUCACAUCAAAACGCCAAAGGUUGCUGAUAAGAAUUUGAAUGAAGGGCUUCUACUAGCAGGGACAGGUCUGUCAGGUCUGCUUUUUUAUAAUUUAAACAAUUUCCGAGAUGAAAUGAUAAAUAAAUAAUCAAAGUUUGGAAUACUGUGCAUAUUUUGAGUUAUGAAUGUAUAUGGCAAGCCUUGGCAAAUAGGAAGAAAUAAUUUGUAGAGAAAGAAAAAUCUCAUUGUCUUAUCAGUCACUGUGCAGCAUUAAAUUAUUCAAUUUUCUUGGGUGGGAUAUCAGACCCUGUAAAAAGUGACUAAUCAAGCAAGCACGGUUAGCUCGCUACCAAUAGCAAAUACUCAUUAUUUAUUCAAAACAUUUCACCUUUUCUGACUGGCUCCAAUCCCCUGGCUGAUUCUUUAUAUCCAACUGGCGCUUACCAUAUUUGGAAUAUGUGAGCAACAUACCAUCGAUUGGAUGGUAUAUUAUUAAUUUUGAUCGGAAACUAGGUUGAUCAAUAGACCAUAUAAUUUGAUUGAAAAUGAGGCUGCUAGCCAUAGGGAAAUAGACCAUCAUCAAGCCGAAAACAAAUGGCGUUCACAGGAAUCUGAAGACAAAAUCGCUGAAUUUCGAACUAAAUCUGAAUGGAAGAAAUACAAGAAUACACUAAACAUAUUAUCUAUGGAUUUUAUUUACGUUUUGAAGAGUAUCGACAUUGAAGGAAAAACAUCCGUUUAUAUCCUGAAACUGUGUCAAGAAAUAAUCUAAAGGUUUGAAGAAAGUCUAUGAUGAGGUAAUCUUGUUAAGAACAGUUCAAGAACUACAUUAAACAUAUCACUUGAUGGAUGUUAUCUACUUUUUGAGGAGUAUCUGCGAGGAAAAACAUUUGUUUUUAUCCUGAAACUGUUCCAAGAAAUAGGCUAAAGGUUUGGAGAAAGUUGAUGAGGAGGUACUUAGAAACAUUUUGAAUUAGUAAUUUGAUUGAAUUUGCCUUUUGCAUGAUGUGAAGACUUAUGCAGAUCUCAGAGGAUGUUAUCUACCUUGGCCUUCACCCUCCGUGGAUAACAUCCACCUAGAUCUGCUUAAUUCUUCGCAUCCUACUCAUCAGCUUCAUUCAAUAUUUGCUAAUUAUUGACACUAUUUUAUUAUUCUUUGGGCACAGUCAUGAGUACAUGAUUAGGUUAUUUUCCUUACAAGUACACAAAAUUAAAUCAUCUUUAUUACUUUUCAGAUGGUCUUAUGUCAACUAAGGUGUGGUUAAAAAGAGGAGCAGAGGUGGCAAUAGGGACAAGUCCCAGGACUGCUGCACAAAACUCAGCAGAGGGUGUAGACAGUACAGACUUUCAGAGGAAGCUACAAGACACUAGUUUAUCAGAUGUUUUAGUUCAUGGAUAUUUAGGAAUUAUUUUCGGUGAACCAGGCUGGCCUUACCCUGAGGUAUAAUUGUAUUUAUAAACACUGAUCAUUACUGGGCCAAAACUGUCUCUAUACUACUAUACCAAAAAAAUUUGGUGGAUGUUUUUGGUAGCACUUUCAUUCUAAUGUCAUUUAAGUCUAAUACAUUUUUCCAUAGCCUGGGACUAGGCUCCACAGUGAGGGAAAAGGCGAAAAAAAAUCUUAGCAAGGGGGGAAAAAAUUGGUGAGAGAAGCGAGCUUGCUUAGCUUGCCGAUUUUAGCUGCUUCACCCCAUUUUUUAUUUUUUCCUCCCACUACGGUGCCUGGUCCCAGGCUAAUUUUUCCAGUGGUUUCCUGGAGCAAGCCAUCAUGGCCUUGUUAGACUUCUAAGCAACUGCUGCCUAAAAAUUCUGGUUGUUUUAGCAUCUAAUUCUAGAAGUGACAGGGAGCUUUGCAAUUUAAACACACACACAAUCCACAAUUCCUCUGAAUUUCUGUGCAGAUGGGAUAACACACAAAACAUCAACGUCAAUGGGACGUAUCACAUUCCUAUUUUUAUCCACAAUUUAAGCUGUCAGCUGCUGUCAGAAUCGUGCCUUCUGCUUUAACCCUUUUUAUUAAAAUAAAAUACUCCUAAAAACAGUGUUCACUAUACUAGACGAAAACAUAAAUAUGUCAAAGAAAAUAGAUACGUAAAUAAAUAAAUAAUAAUAACGACAAUAAUCUGACCAUACAGUUAAGAAUGUAAGAUUUUUUCAUGUGAGAAGUUCUGAGAAGGUGCACUGUAUCCACAGGGGGCACACAGAAAGGACCUGUCAGAUUAUUUACUGUCCCUUCCAGAAGGGGAAGUGGGGGUCCCAAUCUACUGUAUGAAUGCAUUUGAUGAAAUCGCAAAUUAUUGUGUUUAUUAGUAUCUACCUCUCUCUUGUUUGUAGACUUUGAUUAUGGACGAGUUUCGAUUGGCUGAGAUGAGAUGGAGUAUCCGCCGCACCACUCUAAUUGCCUCAGUUGUACUCGUAACACUGAACACUGUUGGUCAACAGCUGGCUUCAGAUGCAGCUUAUCUCACCAGUCUUAAGAAAGUGCUUUAUAUUCUCUUGGACGGUGUAUCUGAGGGGUGAGUCAGAAUACCCCUAUGCGCCCAUCCUUUGCUCAACAGACCUUGUCGCGGUUUUGGAAGCCAUCUUGAUGAGUAGGCAACCGCAUGAGAAAUAAUACCCCGGGUACGAGAGGUUUUUUCUCCCGUUUGACGGGGAGCUUCGUUUCGUCGGCCGCAGGCCGACACGUGUUCGGCGGAAGGCCGAAGACACGAGCGGCGAAUCUGGCACCCACGAUAGAGAAAUUGCAGUAUUUGUAUGAGAAUCUAAUGUCGAAUAAUUUCUUUAAAACAGCUGUUCUUAAGAAAAAUAUGAAUAUUUGCAAACUAAAACUACAUAACAAAGGAUUUUACCAACAAAUUUUUUGGGCCGUAACUGCGCUUAAAUUUCAACAGACGCUUGCCUUAGAUUUUCCACAUAUUUGUCUGCAAUUUUUCCCGGGAAAUUUUAGUCGGCUGGAAGAGAAAUUUUUACAGACAAAUGUAUAGAAAAUUUUAAUAAGUGGUUCUAGCGCAUGUAGCUUUGCAUGUAACGUCCUCAAUUUUUUUUCAGUAGAAUCGUUAGGAGUGAAGCUUUAGUUUACAAUUCACCUUCUGAGCGUCAGAUUUCACGUGUAGUUUCACGUGACUUUUGAUGACCUUUGUUGUAAACAAACCCGCAAAGUUCGGACAUCUGUUCUCUCUCAGAUACUGUACAUGUACGAACUACGAGUCGCUACUUAACUUAUAUGUUUUCCAUCCCUUUCGCUGUUUGAAAAUCGAAUAGUUUAAGGUUCAAAAUGUCAAAGCGGAAAAUCUGGAGUGACUUUAACCGCCUCGAGUGUGGUAAAACAGAAAAAAUAUUCGCCGGUACAUGGAGUUUCAACAAGCGCGUAGAAAUCUCCUCUUCAGUUGAAAGAAUGGUUUUGCAAGGUGGAUCUAAACUUGACGAAAAUGAAACUAAUGAUGCAGACACAUUUAUAAUUCAUUAUACGGCAGUGUGCUUACAUUUUCGUCUCGACAAGAACUAUUAUAAGCUAUGCUUAUCUUGGCUAAAGUAUAGUACACUGCGUCCCUUUGUCUCUACAUGAUUAAAUAUAAAUCCAGUGUAUGUUCACUAAAGCCUGCACUGUUUUGCUACAGACAUCUUGAUUCAACCUCAGUAAGUAAAUGCCAUCAACAUAACCGUCAUCAAGUGUCGAGUCCCUGUUUGCCGUAAUAUACAAAUUGAAAAGGAAAAUGUCAAACAACAAAUAGCCAAACGGUCUUUGUAGCGAAAAUGGAUUGGGAAUUAAUAGCGUGUGAUCGCGUGUGAUCAUGUAUUUUGAAAUGUGAAUUAUGUAGGUAUCAUGAAAUUUGCCUACAUCACCGGUUUUAUCUCUUUCAAGGUUUAGUUCCAAUGUUAACACCAUUUCAGCUGCUGAGACCGGAAUUUCCAUUGCAGGCACUCCUCGUUCCUGCCGUAACUUUUGCCAUGUUCUUGGCCUUAAAAUCGCUCUUAUUCUUCUGCUCAGACAUUUUUGAACCUUAAACGUUUCGAGUCUCAAACAGCGAAAGGGAAAUAACAUUUAUAAACUAACGCAAACUUGAAAUAGCGAGUGUAGUUCGUACAAGUACAGUAUGUGGCAGAGAACGAAUGUCCGAACUUUGCGGGUUUGUUUACAACAAAGGUCGUCAAAAGUCACGUGAAACUACACGUGAAAUCUGACGCUCAGAAGGUGAAUUCAAGCAAGCGAGACUAAUGAGGCUGAGUAGGUAGGAUGUGAAGAAUUAUGCCGAUCGAGGAGGAUGUUAUCCACUGAGGCUGAAGGCCGAGAUCUGCAUAAUUUUUCACAUCUUACGAAAGCGGAUUCAAUAAUUGUUUUAUCAUUCAUUCAAAAUGUUUCCAAGUACCUCCUCGUCGACUUUCUUCAAACCUAAUUAGCCUAUUUCUUGGAAAGAUUUCAUGAUAUAAAAGUUUUCCUUGCAGAUAUUCUUCAAAAAGUAUAUAACAUCCAUCGAGCGAUAUGUUUAGCGAUUCUUGUAUUUCUUCCGUUCAGAUUUAGUUCACCGCUGAAUACAAAUAUUAACGACACAUUCAUACAGGGUAAGCCUCGACCUAAGUAAAAUAUUCAGAAAUUCUGGCAAGUAAGUGUUUGAAAUUUGAAUAUACACAAUAGACAGAGUAAUAAACAGGUCAUUUUCUCGUUGGAAUUUGUGAAUAUAUUACUUCAGAUUGAGACUAAGGCUGUAAAAAAUGCAUCUUCACUUUCUUUAACUCUGCGUUCAUAGCGAACUCGAAAAUGGGCUAUUGUCUUAGUUCGCACGUGAAUAAACAGCUUGGCGGCUUAGCGAUGAUCUCUUACCCUCGUAGCCUCGUUUCUAAUCAAAUAUACCAUCGAAUCGAUGGUAUAUUGCUCGCAUCUUCCAAAUAUGGUAAGCACCAGUUGGUUAUUUAACAAUUAUUCCUCUCGCCCUCAUGGCCUCUGAGUCAAUAGCCCAUUUGGCCUUCUGCCUCAUGGGCUAUUGACUCAGAGCCCAUUCGGGCUAGAGGAAAAAAUUGUUAAUUAGCCGGGGGAUUGGAGCCAAUCAGCAACGGCGAAAUGUUUUGAAUGAAUAAUAACAGUGAUUAUUUAAUCACGAUUACUCAAAUGUUGCGCAGGAAAUAUUUCAGCAUACUAUAUUUCUUUUCUUUUAGGGACUUCCCAUCUGCUCUUCCUGGAAUGUAUGAACAGAUUGUACGAGAAACUGAAAAGUUUCUAGAUGACAGAGGUUUAAACAAACUCACAUCUCAACAAAAAGACAUGCUGAAAGGACAAACUGAAGGAAUAACAUCCCCUGAUAACACCGUAUUUAACUUAAUAAGUGAGUGGUAAAUUAUAACAGGCAUUUGAUAAUCAUCCUUUUUUUUCUUCAGGGUUAGAGAACUUGUCCCGAGGGUGUCGGCUUACUAGAGCUUUUACAGUACAAACUAAGUAUUUUUACAUUCCCAAGCGGACAAUUCCCGUAGGCGGCCGUGGACACUUUCAGGGUUUUACGAGUUAGAUGUUAACUUUAGUUUUAAGCUCUCGUAAGCGGACACCCGAAAUGAUGAAAUCUCAUUGGCCUCUGAAUCUUGUUUUUUUUUUUUUUGUAUUAUUAUUUUGCCCUUUUUCACAAUGGCUGAAUUUAUAUCAGACUCAGUGCCAUCCUCGGAGACCUAGGGGCAGAUAGUGGGGCGAGGGAAAGUCUAAACGGGAGGGAAAAAAUGGCAUGAAGAAGUAAAGAACGGCAAGAAGAGCCCUGGGGACAAUGUCUUACCAGACCAGUUCCAAGCGGUCGCCGCCGUUCUGACUUCUGAUCGGUGCUAGAAAACUUUUGUGUUUUUCUGCCCAAUCAGAAGGCAGAACGGCGGCGACCGUUUGGAACUGGUCUGGUAAGACAUUAUCCCCAGGGGCUCUUCUCGCCGUUCUUUACUUCUUCAUGCCAUAUUUUUUCCCCCGUUUAGACUUUCCCUCGCCCCCACUAUCUGCCCCUGGGUCUCCGAGGAUGACUCAGUGCCUGUUUUUUUUUUUUUUUUUCUUUAAUUUUUUCACAGACACGUCCGGUUACACCUCAAAACACCAUUUGAAUUUUAUGCUUGCGCCUAAAUGGCAAUGUCAUCAGAACAAUAUUAUAGCCAAACACUUAAAAACAGUUUUUUCGCAUUCCCAGUAUGUAUUUGUAGCUGGGCAAGCUCCCGUUAGUGGCCAUUUAACCCGUAUCCCUCUAGUGUCCGCACACGAGAACCAUGCUUGUAAGCGGCCAGCUCCAAUAGACCUUUUUACCGAUACGGCGGCCAUAUUGGGAUUCAUUCCCAGGGGGCAUGAGCACGAUCUGAUAUACUCGCUCAGUAUUUACGCGCGCUUUUCGGGCCAAUUUUUCUUUAAGUUUUCGUAGAAAAAGAUUGUAAUGGGAAAAAAGAUCGUUGCGCCGUGUUUGGAUGAAAUAAUAGAGAGUGUUAGCAUUGACAACGAGUACGAGUACGAGAACGAGUCCAUCUCGUACUCGUACUCGUUGUCGUGCUUGUAAAAAAUGUGUAAGCAGGACAUACGAGUACGACUUCACGAAAAAAAAUAUUUUGGGAUAGUAUUGUCAUUUUAGGCGCCAUUUUCAAAUGAUUCGGCAUCUACUCCUGAGGCUUUCUUUUCUUCUUGAUCUUUCUUCUCAAAUUCCUCCAUAAGCUUGUUAAAUCUAUCCCUACACGAUCGAUCUGUUGUCUUGAAAUCGUGCUGCGUGUUGGUAUUCAGGUUCUCUGCAAUUACUCUUCACACUCUCCCUCUAUCUGACUGUUUCUGAUUGUAGGGUUCUAGAUGUAAGACUUCACGUAAAAGACAAGAAUCAUGCUGACGCUUCCAUAUAAAAAGUUUUCUUUUCCUGAAACAUAAACAGACAGGGCAUAAAAACUUUGAAAUGUGAGACCGUAAUUCUUAGGUUUAUGUAAACAAUGCGACCUCUUGAUGUGACAAACUUGGUUCGUACGGACUAUGCUCUGUAAGAAAUAAAAUGAUGUGAAUGAAAAAUAAUUAAAGAAACAGUAAUACUUACGUCUCUGGUUGAUUCGUCUUGAAAGAAGCUGUAAAAAAAAACGAAAAAGGUUAAGUUUAUGAGCACGCUAGACGGAGACCAUGAGAGCUUCUCAUGUCUAAAAUUUUGACACGAUGUUGACAGAAAGGAAGGAGGAUUAAUGUGCUAUUCAGAACAAAAAAAUGCCCCAAAAUACCAUCCUAGGCCUUCGAUGAAGAGUUUAAGUGCUUAUGGGACACACCUAUGGCAGAGAUAACCCGCUACAAAAGAUAAACUUUACCUUUCAAAAACUCGUUCUUCGCACUUCGAGUUUUGGAGGAAAUCUCGUCGUGGAAGGAGUUGCCAGAACGAGUUGAGCACGUGUUCUGAGCAGAACGCAUGCGCAUUAUAGUCAAUGGUAAAAUCUCGUUCUCGUAGUCGUACUCGUUGUCAAUGCUAACACUCUCUAAUGAUCGUCUUUUCCCGAGAAAUAUACAGUGAAGUUCUCUUUUGCCCCAAAAGCGCGCGUAAAUACUGAGCGAGUGCCCCCCUGGGCAUCCCAUAAUACUCCUUACAUCUAAUAAAUUCAAUAUGGCCACCGUAUCGGUAAAAAGGUCUAUUACGGACCCCUUUUUCUCGUCCCGAAGGGGUCCGCUUACGAGAGCUUCCUCUGUACUGCAUAUUGGAUAUGAGAUUAAUGACUCGCUUGGUUCAAGUUGGAAGCUCAUCUUGCCAGUUUUUUCCUCUUCUUCCUCUUCUUCUUCUUCUUCGUUUUUUCUCCUAACUCUAAAAUAAGUUCUACCUCUUUUCACCUUGCAGGCACCCGGGUGUAUGACUUCAUGUUAACCCGAAUUAAGAGUCUACUCCAUCAAAGAAGAGAUGCUGCGCGUUAUUCACCAUCUCAAGAUAGAAGAUCCACUUCACCUACCAUUCCUCAGGGACUAGCUUGUGUGAACUCUGAACUAUCAGAAAUUACCGGCCGAUUUGCGCGUGUAGUCGGUCACAAUAUUGCAGUAUUUACACCAUUUUAUGAAGAUAUUUUAGAGGAGUUAAAAAAUUCUUGACAUUUUUUAUCUCUAGGAGAAAGUUAGGUUUUCUUCAGGCUUUCCCAUUUUAAACCCGACUUUAUUUAUUAGAGUGUAAAUGUAUUUAGCACAUUAUAUAUCGAAGGACAUUUUUUGGCGUACCCUACUGCAGACGUCGUUCCCUGAGGUAACUUGUAGAUACUCCUUAUUGUUGCAUAUGUUGGUUCCCUCAGGCUUAUAAUUAAUUCUUCUUUUGAUGCUGUAGUAUCUCCUGCCGAUAUAAUUCUGAACUUGUUAGCUCAAGAGAGGGGAUAUGGCUUAAUCUAGACACACAACGCAACGUUCACUCGAUGCUAUUGCAUGUUUGAACACGUCCUGCAACUCGAAGCGGCAACAUUUUAGGACCGGCUACGGUUUUAGGUCAGCUGACCUACUAGUAGAUCAAGAUUGAAAUCUUCUCGCAAAGUUGAAAUCAAAUUGGUGAAUACGAGAAGACUUUUAUUUAUAGCAAUUUCGGUAAAAAAAAAAACUGAUAAAACUAGCUUCUAUACUUCCACAGUAUUGCUUCCAACAAUCUUUAGGGGUGCACGAAAAACUAUGGCGCGCAAUAUUCUACCUUGUGGCUGGACCAUAAGUAAGGUAGUUUAUACCCGUAAAUUCUGGUAAGUUUUAUAGAUGGGUGGACUUACACUGUCUUGUCACUGGUUACGGAUCAAAAGAGGAUCAACACUUUCAAUGUAUACUGCCUCGUUCCCAAGUAAGCUUCCUUGCUCUAGCACGGUGUCUUCUGGGAAUGUACAUCGCUCCCAUGAUGCUCUGCAUUCUCUGUUCUUUAGUGCAGGGAUCCCAGGGAUCGGGGAACUGGGGCCUAACUUUUAUUCGAUACUUUUGAAAACACUCUUUCAAAAUAUUCUCGUAUUCUUUUAGGAAAGACUUUGAAUAUGUUCAUCGGUGAUUCCGUCGGGCUAUAAAACAGUCUUUCACGAAAAACAUUCGCGAUUCUUUUAGUUCUUUAAGGAAAUUUUUUAACGAGGCUUGGUUUGUUGGAAGUUGAUGAAAAUAUAUAGAAAAUCGAAACUGUAAUAUAUUCCAGAGUUGAUUCUAUAAGUGUGGUUUAAAAAAUAAUAUACUUUUUCAUUGCAGUGUUAAAUUGUAGAAUUAUCAGAAAAGGUUUGCUGUUUUGUGGUGUUUACUGCCAUGAAUGUAUAUCUUUGUUGUAAUAGAAUGUAUUUCAAAAAAAAGUGAAGUAUUUAUCUACGUCCUUGUAGAUACUGCAAAUUAUUAUUCUAUUGCAAGGGGCCAAAAAUAAAUUGUCAUGUUGCUGGUUACACAGUAAAUUAAUAAUCUAGUUUUCUGUACCUGGGUGAUUAUUGUGUGUGUAUGUAUGGUAGUCGAAAACGAGAAAUACUUGUAUUAUAGGUUUACAUGUAAGAGUGUAUUCAAUAAACUAACAUGAAGUCGUGUCAG